AUCAAUUCUCCCGGACGGGCUCCUGGCACGCAGCGCCGCCAUGGCACACAAGGGCAAGGGGGGCGACUACUAUUGCGACGCCGAUGACGACGACUACUACAGCACAGAGGAGGACAGCGUCUGCCAAAGCGGCAGCGAGUACGGCGGCAGCGACGACGGCGGCGGCGUCAGUGAUGAUGACGACGACCACCAGCAGGCCAUGGAAAGGAACGAUGACGAGGACAAGGAGCGCGGCGAGGGCUACGAUUUCGAGACCGAGGACGACGUGCGCAGGUGCCAGGACGAGGUCACGGCGAGGAUGUCCGAGCUGCUGUCGGUCCCGCGGGGCUUCGCCGCCGCCUUCCUGCGGCACUGCCGGUGGGACGCCGAACAGCUGCAGAGCGAGUGGUUCUCCGACGAGCGGCGCGUCCGCGGCGCCGUCGGCCUGGCGGCGGACCGCGGCGACGUCCCCACGGCGCUCAACGACCGGCCGCUCGACUGCGGCAUCUGCUUCGACCGCUACGCCCCCGGCGAGAUGAGGUCGGCGGGGUGCCCGCACUACUACUGCCACGAGUGCUGGCGCGGCUACAUCGGCGCGGCGGUGCGCGACGGCCCGCGGUGCCUGCUGCUGCGGUGCCCGGACCCGCGCUGCCCGGCGCCCGUCGUGCGGGAGCUGGUCGACACGGCGGCCGCCGACGGGGACCGGGCGCGGUACGCGGUGUUCUUUGUCCGGUCGUACGUGGAGGAGGGCACGAGCAAGUACGUCCGGUGGUGCCCGGGGCCCGGGUGCACCCUCGCCGUCCGGUCCCGGCCGGGGUCCCGGCCGUACGAGGUGCCGUGCGCGUGCGGGCACGUCUUCUGCUUCCGGUGCGGCGAGGACGCGCACCGGCCGGCGUCGUGCGACACGGCGCGCGCGUGGGUGGCCAAGUGCAGGUCCGACGGGGAGAACACCAGCUGGUUGCUGUCCAACACGAAGCACUGCCCCCGGUGCCGGCGCGCGAUCGAGAAGAACCAGGGGUGCAACCACAUGACGUGCGGCGCCCCCUGCGGGCACCAGUUCUGCUGGCUCUGCCUCGGCUCCUGGAAGAACCACGCGGGCGACAGCUACCGCUGCAACCGCUACGCGGCGGACCGGUCGGAGUUCUCCGGCGAGAAGGCGCGGCGGCGCCAGGGCCGGGCGUCGCUGGAGAGGUUCCUGCACUACUACGAGCGCUGGACGGCGCACACCGCGUCGCUCGCCAAGGCGCGGCAGGACCUGGACGGCCUGCGCGGCGGCGGGCUGGACCUGUUCGCUGGCGCCAUGGGCGUGCCGCCGACGGAGCUGGACUUCCUCGCGGAGGCGUACGCGCAGGUCAUCGAGGUGCGGCGGGUGCUGCGGUGGACGUACGCGCACGUGUACCACCUGGACUCGGCGCGCGACAACGUCGAGUUCUGCGAGUACCUCCAGGGCGAGGCCGAGGGGUCGCUGGAGCGGCUGCACCACUGCGCCGAGCAGGAGAGGAACGAGCUCAGGGAGGACCUGGGCAUCUACGGCGCCGCCUACCCCGCCGGGUACGCCGCCGGCAAGUUCGCCGAGUUCAGGGAGAAGCUCUCCAACCUCAACCUUGUGACGCGGAACCACUUCAGCAAGCUCGUGGAGGGGUUUGAGUCCGGCAUGGCCGAGGUCGUAUCGUGACUUCGUGGGGUUUAAGUGCUGUUUUCCUUUCUAUUUGCGCAUGUUUCUUCUUGUCGGUGCAGAGCUUUUACUCGUCUCCUCCAAAGUCAA